GCUAACAAAACCCUAUCUCUCUUCUUAACCUCUCUCUCGUCGAUUAAGGUCAGAAGAAAAAAGUUCGCCACUUCGCCGUUCCUUCAUGCCUGGAGCCAGAGCCGUCGAUCCUCGUAGUUCCUAUCUUCUUCGUCGCCAUCGAGAUACCUCGACACCGGGCAGUGGUCUUCCGAUCCUCAUAGAGUACCACGAUUUCGCUCCAUCCCACUUACCGACGGUGCAUACGCCUGCCUCAGCCGCCGUGUGAAGCCAACAUCACAACCCCAAUCUCUACUGCCUCCAAUUUACAGAGGGGAACAACUCUGCUGUAAGCAUCAAGUUGCAGCAAGACUUGCUGAUGCGCUGGGAGAAUGUGUUGAUGUAAUGGUGUCCGAUGAGGAACUUGCGUUCAUGCUUUCUCAUCUUUGAUGGAGGAGCAGUUAUUUGGAGUCAAUUUUUCCAGAAAACAAUGGAGGAAGACAUCAACUAAGGUUUUUAAUUAUUUAAGCAUGUUUCAAUAAUAAAAGCUACAUCUCCUUGCCUAAUGAAUCUGUAUUAGCUACCCUCUUGUGGACAGUUGUGGUAGGUCAAAUGCCAUUUCUUCUUACCUCUUUUAGUCUUUUUAGUACACCCUUUGGGUAUGAUUUUGCCACUUGCCACCCCUCGACUAUCAAAUAUGCUCCAUAUUCCAAAAAUAAGCUUUUCAAUUUAUUAUACCGAAGCAAGACUAAAAAUUUGUAUAAGAUGAAAAUGGGUUCUACUGCUGCUCAUUAUGAAGCAUUGGCAAGCAUAGUAAUAAUGCUAUUAUUAGCAAUGGCCUUUGCUACCGACCCAAACCAGCUGCAAGAUUUUUGCGUUGGAGUGGCCAGUCCCUUAAGAGGAGUGUUUGUGAACGGGCGGUUCUGCAAGGACCCAAUGGAAGUCACAGCAAGCGAUUUUCUCUUCAGGGGUCUAAACAUCCCACGGAACACAACCAACAGAGAAGGCUCAAACGUGACCCGCGUGGACGCGAACGCCUUCCCAGGCCUCAACACCCUAGGCAUCUCCCUGGCCCGGAUCGACCUCGCCCCGCGCGGGGGGCUCAACACCCCCCACCACCACCCCAGGGCCACGGAAGUCCUCACCGUACUCAAGGGCACCCUCUACGCCGGGUUCAUAGCCUCCAACCCCCCGACAGGAGGCCCCAACCGGCUAUUCCUCAGGGUGUUGGAGGAAGGGGACGUGUUCGUUUUCCCCCAGGGGAUGGUACACUUUGAAAUGAAUCUGGGGAGUGGGCCCGGCGUCGCGCUUUCGGCUUUUAGUAGCCAGUCUCCGGGUGUGGUGACCGCUGCCGGUGCCGUGUUCGGGUCUAGACCAUCUGUGUCCGUUGAUGUGCUUAGCAAGGCCUUCCAGCUUGACCCAAAGACGGUUAAGGCUUUGCAAGCUAAGUUUCACAAGAGAGAAGACACCAUUAUUUUCAGCCUCAUCGAGAGAGCCAAGUUCCCCGUCAACGCCCCAUUGUACGCCGCCGCCGGUGAUAAAUCUACGCCGUUUUCCGGCCCGGGAUCUCUUUUCGAGUACUUUGUCAAUCAAAGCGAGGCUCUUCAGUCUCAGAUGGGAAGAUAUUCAUCUAAAGAGGAGCUUCCUUUCUUCCCGAGUCAAUUGCCGAAGCCAUUUGCGCCGAGCAGUGAAUGUGUAUCGUAUUUGUAUCCUAAGGCUGCCGACGUGAAUGCCUCAACCAACGUCAAUACCAUGAUUUGGAGCUUUUAUCUCACCGGCAUUCUUCACAACUUCACCAAAGCGGGUAGCGAUGAAAACUACGCUUCCACGGCUAUGGCCGACCUCCUAUGUUUGCAGGCACUCUCUAGAAGGAUUCAUUACGGAAGAUUUGUUGCUGAGGCUAAAUUCAGUAGUGCUCCUGAUCAAUACAAAAAACUUAUUCAUGCUAAGAACAAAGAAGCUCUUGAGAACUUGCUGACAAAUAGAACUGUGGAAGCGCAAGUCAAAAAUCGAGUGUGGCUGAAAGCCACAGAGUUUGCAAAAGAAGUGACACUCAACAAUACUAAGAGUGGAAGUGGAGAGUACAAGAUUGAUCCCAUCCAAGUGUCCAACUUAUAUGAAAAUUGGGUGAUCCCUUUAACAAAAAAAGUUGAAGUUGAGUACCUUCUGCGGCGUCUUAAUUGACCCAAUUAAUUGAUAUUUCAAGACAAUGUGGUUUAUAGUGUCUUGUUGUAAAACAAAGUACUUUUAUUAUUUCAUGACUCGUAUUAUGAAAUGUUCCACUCUAUUUAUUUCGAAACAUGAAACCCUCAUAUUUAUUUAAGGCAUGUUUGAUGAGUUUACGAAAGUAGAUAUCAUAUGAAUUUUGAAAUUUGGAAAAGUUGAUAUGAAUUUUAAAAACGGAAAUGGAAGUGUUUAAAGAAAUCUAAAUAUGGUUG